GAAAAUGUGUGUGAUAUUUUUUUAUGUCAACUCAAAUCCCGAAAAGGAUGGCUAUAAAUUGAUUUUGGCCUCCAAUCGUGAUGAAUUCUAUGCUCGUGAUACCAAAGAGGCCUGCCAGUGGUCGGGUGUGGACAAUUGUUAUGGCGGCAUUGAUAUGGAACCGGGACGUGAAGGUGGUACAUGGUUGGCCAUAUCUGGCCAGGAUGGCAUAUUCAAAGUGGGUGCUCUACUCAAUUUGACGGGUGAACCUAAGCCACGCAAUGCUGUGGGACGCGGUAUGCUGGUCAGUGAUUAUGUUCGGAAUUAUGGUGCGAAAUUCGAUAAUGUCAAUUAUAAUCAACGUCUGGUGGAGGAUUGUACCAAAUAUAGUGCCUUUAAUUUUGUCUCCAUUGAGAUAGGCUCCCCCACAUCACCAGCCUUGGUAACACUUUGCAGUAAUGUACCACCCGGUUUAAUACACUACAAGGAGAAUUCUUGUUAUGGCUUCGGCAAUAGUCUACCCUCGGCUCCCUUUGAAAAGGUACGUUAUGGACGUAAUCGUUUCGAGCAAAUUAUCGGAGAAUAUGAAAAACGCCCCCAAACGGAAUUGGUUGAACAAUUAAUGCACCUGCUCAAGUGUAAAGAGAAAUUUUGGCCAGAUGCUGAACUGCAACGUAGGGCACCCAAUUGGGGUGAAUAUUUAAGUUCGUUAAAUGUUUAUGUACCUGAUUGUGGCUAUGGCAGUCGCACCCACACCGUCAUACUAAUCGAUGCUAAUAAUCGUAUGCAUUUUAUUGAGGAAACAAUGCGUUCACAAGAUCCCCACCAAGGCGAAUGGCAUCGGAAUCAUAUUGAAAAGCAAUUUCCAUUUUAA